AUGGCAGUGAGCCACUCGAUGAAGGAGCGGACAAUCUCCGAGAACAGCCUGAUCAUCCUGCUGCAGGGCCUCCAGGGCCAGGUGACCACCGUGGACCUGCGGGAUGAGAGCGUGGCCCGCGGACGCGUAGACAACGUCGAUGCUUUCAUGAACAUCCGCCUCGCCAACGUCACCUACACGGACCGUUGGGGGCGUCAGGCUGAGCUGGAUGACCUCUUUGUCACAGGCCGUAACGUCCGCUACGUACACAUCCCCGACGACGUGAACAUCACCGAGACCAUUGAGCGGCAGCUGCAGAUCAUCCAUCGUGUGCGCAACUUCGGCAGCCUGGGGCAGGGCCGGCGGGAGUUUCCCACCAAGAAGCACAAAUGA